AUUUUACAUUACCCCUCCUCCCAUCUCAACCUCUCUCUUUCCUUCUCCAAGAAAUCACAAAUCUCAAGCAAGUAGGAGGGGUCUCACCACUUGGGUAAUCGUUUGAAAGCAAAUCCUUUACUCUCGACGAUUUUGACUAAGGUAAUUGAGACACAAAAUCUACUUUUUCCCCCUUUUCGAUUUCAAAGCAAGAACACCUGCUUUCUGUUCUUUGCUUUUCUUCUGCCGAAGGCUGACCCAAAAUCCAUCCUCGAAGAUUUUAUAUGACUGUGGAUGAAAACUCUAGAGCCUUUCAAAAUCUCGCUCAAAGACUCAAGCCCUAGAUUUUCUAUUAUCAAUACUUGCAUCUCAGACUACUUUGUUCAGAGCCGCCACCACUGUUCAAAAUAUACACAAAGUUCUGGACCACGCUACUGUAGUUUCUCGUUUGAUUACUUUCUUUUAAGGCAGCAAGUUUUACUCCGAACUUCUUCCAUUUAGUUCGAAUCCGUAGAAAAAGGAGUAGAUCCGAAGCCGUCGAAGCCCCGUUUCGCUGCUCCAAAAUUGAAGGAACUGCAGCCCCUUUGUUGUGCAAGGAAAUGCUUCAUGCCUUCGAUACACGUCAUAUACCCUAAGAUCCAAAUUCCAGAGAACUACACGUGUUUACUUCAGCGGGCUUCAAAAUUAUCUAAUAAUGUGGACAAAUGUGUUCAAGAUCGGUGGCUUACAUCAGAUAUCUUGGUUUCAGUUUCUUCCUCAUGAAUCUGAUGUCAGCUCUCUGGUGGACAAAAGUGUGAAGCUGGAUAAGAAAGACGCUGCUACAUGGCUCGUGCUCUCAUCGCAUCUGCAAUUGCAGAAGGAAGGAUUUCUCAGCACGUGGACCAAUUCCUUUGUUGGACCUUGGGACCCAUCUCAGGGUCUUCACAACCCUGAUGAGAAGAUCAAGCUCUGGCUUUUUUCCCCUGGGCAGCAUUCAUCUGUUGUUGAAAAGGCACAGUCAGCUGUAUCCAAAUUAAGAGUUUUGGCAUCUGGUCUCUGGGUGGCUCCUGGAGAUUCAGAAGAGGUUGCUGCUGCGCUAUCUCAGGCCUUAAGGAAUUGCAUGGAAAGAAAACUAAGAGGACUUUCAUAUGUGAGAUAUGGAGAUGUAUUUACAAAACACCAUCCAUUUUCACAGAAUGAAGAGUUGUUCAGGAAGGGACAGCCAGUGGUUGAGUUCAUAUUUUCUGCUACGGAAGAGGCUAUCUUUGUCCACGUUAUAAUAUCUGCAAAGCUUAUACGAGCACUUUCAAGUGGUGACAUUGAUAAAAUAUCAGAGGAUACAUCUAAUGUCUCUGGUGAGAGGCUUCCAGUUAUUGUCUCACCUCAUGGAAUGCGUGGGAGGCUCACUGGAUGUUGCCCUGCUGAUCUUGUGAAGCAAGUGUAUCUUAGUUCCUGCAAGUUUAGUGCUUCAAACGGUAUUGUUGGGCUACCAUGCAAUGUUUCUCGAUCUGGUUAUCAGCUCAAGGGACAGAAUUGCUAUGUUGAAGUUAGCCUUGGCUGCACUACGCCAGGAAACAACAAUAUAAAAGAAAGUUCAAGAAUGCUUAUUUACCCUCCUGAGGCUAUUCUUGUUCCAGUGGUGCAAACAGCAUGUGCUAGAUCUUCUCUAAAAAGAUUCUGGCUGCAGAACUGGAUUGGGCCCUCAUUGUCCUUUACAUCCUCCUUUAUGCAUUGUUUUGAUUUUAGUAGUGAUGCCAAAGUCAAUUCGACAGAUGGAUCUUGGCUUGAUGCAAACAUCAUGCGCUCAAAUCGGCAGUAUAACAGUAGUAGUAAUAGCAAUAGUAGUAGUGUUAGCAGCGUAAGUACCUCUUCUAGUGAUAGUGAUUACAAGACCUCAGGAGCUGGCGAUCUUGAAGCAGAUGCCGAUUCUUUGAUGUGUAGACCGUCUGGAUUAUCUUCUGUGGAUCAGUCUCGAAAUGACAAUCUUAAAACGGGCUUUAAGAGGUCACGAACUGGGAUUUCAGAGUCAUUUAGUCAGGCAGGAGCAGUGAUAAAUCCAUCAACAAGUGACUAUGCCUCAAUGGAAGUUAAUAAUUCUGCAAUAACUGGAGGAAAUGAUCAGAUUGGGCUUCAGUGGGGUUGGGAUGAUGAUGAUAGAGGUGUAGGCAUGGAUAUUCAGGCACUUCUAUCUGAGUUUGGAGAUUUUGGUGACUUCUUUGAGAAUGACGUUUUGCCGUUUGGAGAGCCUCCAGGAACUGCAGAGUCUCAGGCUCUUAUGUAUCCUGCAGCAGAUAGUGCAGAUGUUGGUAGCAGCCCCUGUCCUUCGAUGAUGGAUGUCAAAGAUCAGAUGCUUUUGCCAGUAGGUUUUCCAUCAUUUGAUAGCUUUAAUCAACCACCACCGCCAGCAAGUCUGGAUGAUUCACUGAGCAAACAUCAAGAAGUUAUAAAAAGCACUGCAGUUGCUUAUCAAGUAAACAAUUCUUCAGCAGCUAUUGCUGGUGAAUUCGAUCACUUAAUUAAAGCUGAAGCUCUGAUGACUUUUGCUCCAGAGUAUGGAGCAGUUGAAACCCCUACAGGUGAGAAGUCCCAUUUGAUUUUCAGGAAUCCCUAUCUCCCGAAGUCCCGGGAAGUGGAUACUUCAAAUUCAAGCUCAGAUAGCUAUGUCUACUCUGCAACCCCACCUUUAUCGCCUUACUUUGACGCAUGUGAGGAGAAGUCUGGUGUCACUGUAAACCUCAAAACAGGUUCUGGAAGGCGUGAUACAAGCUCCAUUAUUCAAUCAAAGAGAUAUUACACUCAUAUUGAAAGUGGAAAAGAGAAAAAUGACGGCAAGUUGUCUGGUUCUGACCAUAGUUGCGCUACACGUGAGGCUCAAGUAGAACAGUCUCCAUUUUAUGGUUUCAAUUCAACAAAUUCUGUUAAAUCUAUCCACAAUAAAACCGAGAAAGCCAAUGAAGCGUUACUAAAAGCAGACAGCUUUGGUCAAUCAAUGAAAACUGUGCUAGCAACAGAAGUUGAAUGCCUUAUGUGCCAGGCAUUUAUGUGUAAGAUUCGGCAUACGUUAUUGUCUUCAAGCAGCUACCUUCCUGUUGGCGCGAGCAGGAUGUCAGGGAGUACCAUUAUAAACCAGCCACAAGGUGAAGCAGUGGUUACAGUGGACAAUAUGUCAAGCAAAUCCGAGAUGAAAAAGAAAGAAAUAAUACCAGUUAGGAUAGCAGGUGAUAUUGAUGGAGGAUUACUGGAUGGGACCCUUAAUGCACAAGUUGGUGUGUGGCGCUCUGUUGGAGUUUCUAAGGGCAUGAAACAACCAUCAUCUGCUUUAGAAGCUUGCCACUCUGUUCAGCAUAAUUCUUUCAUUGAGGAAAGUAUGCUAGCUUAUGGGCUACGGCAACCGCUUCAGGAACUCCUUGACGGGGUGGCUUUACUUGUGCAGCAAGCUACAUCUCUUGUUGAUGUUGCACUAGAUGCUGAUAAUAAUGAUGGUCCUUAUGGUUGGCUCACACUGCAGGAGCAGUGGAGGCGUGGCUUUUCAUGUGGACCAUCCAUGGUUCAUGCAGGUUGUGGGGGAGUAUUGGCUUCCUGUCAUUCGCUGGAUAUUGCUGGCGUGGAGCUUAUUGAUCCACUUUCAGCUGAUGUUCAGGCAUCAUUUGCCCUCACUCUGCUGCAGAAUGAUAUAAAAACAGCUAUGAAAUCUGCUUUUGGUACUAUGGAAGGUCCUUUAUCUGUUGUUGAUUGGUGCAAAGGUCGCAGUCAAUCAAAUGAUGGGGGAAUAUCUGGUGAUGGUUUUUCUGCAGAGUCCACUGCAAGUGCAAGUGAAUGUCGAGAUUCUUCAAGUACCAUAUCGUUUUCUGUUGGAGAACCUAUAAGUCCAUCUCAGUCCUCCGCUGGUGGAUCUAGUUUGAAAGAUGGAAUUAGGGUGGAUGAGGCAAGUGAACGCAGAUUAAGCCAAGACACUUGCCUAUCAGAGUCAGAGCAGCUACCAGGCUCAAGGCUUAGGCCAACAUUGUCUGCAGUACCGUAUCCUGCUAUACUUGUUGGAUACCAAGAUGAUUGGCUUAAGACAUCACCUAGUUCUCUUCAGCUCUGGGAAAAGGCACCUUUUGAGCCCUAUGCAAUGCCCAAGCAUAUGUCAUAUUACGUUGUCUGCCCAGACAUCAAUGCUCUAACAACAGCUGCAACUGAUUUUUUCCAACAGCUUGGAACUGUUUAUGAGACAUGCAAACUGGGAACUCAUUCACCUCAAUGUAUGGGAAAUGAGAUGGAGAUAGACUCCGGGAAGAAUGUAUCUUCUGGUUUUGUUCUGAUUGAUUGCCCUCAGUCAAUGAAGAUAGACAGCAGUAGCACAUCUAUGCUGGGAUCAAUCAGUGAUUAUUUCCUAUCCCUCUCCAAUGGCUGGGAUUUAGAAAGCUAUUUGAAGUCUCUCUCAAAAGUUCUCAGGAAUUUAAAGCUUAGUUCAUGCAUGACUAUGAAUCCAAAAGAAGGAAGUACUGGUCCGUGUACAGUGAUAUACGUGGUUUGCCCUUUCCCUGAGCCUCUUGCGGUCCUACAGACGGUGGUUGAAUCUUCUAUUGCUGUUGGAUCAGUGGUUCUUUCUUCAGACAAAGAGAGGCGAUCUACACUGCAGAAUCAAGUCGGGAAGGCCUUAAGUUACUCAGCAGCAGUGGAUGAGUCACUCUCAAAUGUUUUAACUCUUUCAGGAUUUUGUAUUCCUAAGUUGGUAUUGCAGAUUGUAACUGUUGAUGCAAUUUUUAGGGUUACAAGUCCUGCUCUGAGUGAGCUUCUCGUCCUAAAGGAAAUUGCUUUCACAGUUUAUAACAAAGCCCGCAGAAUAUCUCGAGGGUCCUCCAGUGACAUGGUUCAGUCAUCAUCCAUGUCUGGUAGAUCUCAUCCGGUCUUGAUGCAAAUGACUUCCCCAGUUCCAGGUAUGUGGAAGGACUGUGUUGGUCCUCGAAGCAUAGGAACUUCCCUUCAAAGAGAGGCUGAACUUGAUGCUAGCCUAAGGUCUGGUAGUUGGGACAACUGGCAAAUAUCAAGAGGGGGAAGUCUGGGAUGUGAUCCAAACAGAAUUGGGGAUUUUUCUUUUCAAGAUGAAGUUCGUUAUUUGUUUGAGCCCCUUUACAUUCUUGCUGAACCAGGUUCAUUGGAUCGUGGACUUUCAUUUCCUAUGUCGGGUAAUCUAAUGGCUGAAUCUUCAAAGCUUUUGUUAGAUGAUGGUACAAGUGGAAAUUUUAUGCAGAGUUCAGCUUCUUCAGGUGGCGGAGACACUGGACCAAACACACAGUCUGAAACAUCUGAACCAGAUGGCUUUGGUUCUGCACAUCAAAAGUCACUUCCAAGCCUGCAUUGUUGUUAUGGAUGGACUGAGGAUUGGCGCUGGCUGGUUUGUAUAUGGACAGAUUCCAGGGGAGAAUUGCUUGAUAAUUAUAUAUAUCCAUUUGGAGGAAUUAGUAGUAGGCAGGAUACGAAAGGUCUGCAAUCCUUGUUUGUGCAAAUUCUGCAGCAAGGAUGCCAGAUACUUCAGGCAUGUCCUCCUGAGGCUGCCAAUGCCAAGCCUAGGGAUUUUGUUAUUGCACGUAUUGGAAGCUUCUUUGAGCUCGAAUGCCAGGAAUGGCAGAAAGCCUUGUAUGCAAUUGGGGGAUCUGAGGUGAAGAAAUGGUCUCUGCAGCUAAGACGCUCCGUGCCUGAUGGAAUGUCGGCAAGUAGUAAUGGGACAUCCUUGCAGCAACAGGAAAUAGGUCUGAUUCAGGAAAGAGCACUUCCUUCCUCCCCUAGUCCAUUGUACAGUCCUCACUCAAAGGUUUCCUCUUUCAUGAAAGGUGGCAUGGGGCAACCAUCCACAAGGAAGCAGUUAAUUGGUGGACAGGGUAUGGUGGACAACUCGAGGGGCUUACUUCAAUGGGUGCAAAGCAUUAGUUUUGUCUCUGUUUCAAUUGAUCAUUCCUUACAGCUUAUGUUCCAAGCGGAUAUAGUGAGUCAUGGGACAAGUCAAAGUAGUGGCGUUCUGAGUCAGCCAGGUUAUCUUGAAGGUUAUACUCCAGUGAAGUCCCUUGGUUCUACAUCCAACUCCUAUAUUCUAAUCCCGUCACCGAAUAUGCGAUUCCUACCUCCUGUUGGUCUUCAGCUUCACACUUGCCUAACUGCUGAAUCACCACCACUCGCCCAUCUUCUCCACAGCAAGGGCUGUGCUAUCCCUCUUUCAACUGGUUUUGUGGUUUCAAAAGCAGUACCUACAAUGAGGAGAGAUGCAAGGAGCAUCUCUAAAGAGGAAUGGCCCUCAGUUCUUUCUGUCAGCCUCGUUGAUUACUAUGGUGGCAGCAACAUCAUCCAGGAAAAAUUCUUUAAGGGUGUCGGCAAGGUUGGGGGAAGGGGUACCAGCUCAGAAACAAGAGACGUUGAAAUAGAGACUCACUUGAUUCUCGAGAACAUAGCUGCAGAGCUCCAUGCUUUAUCAUGGAUGACUGUAAGUCCAGCAUACUUGGAGAGAAGAUCUGCUUUGCCUUUUCAUUGUGACAUGGUAUUAAGGCUUCGAAGGCUCCUUCACUUUGCUGAUAAGGAAGUUUCUCGGCAACCUGAGAAAACCCAAGUUUAGGAUACAUGAAAAUUUGCAGCAUAUGCACAGAACUUAUUGAAGCCGUCCAUCUUGUAAGCUUGUAUGUUUGUUUCAAUGUAGAAAUGAUUGUAAAAAUGAAAUGCAUAUAGUACUAGUUUACUUGUUAGAAGACAUUCUUUUCGAAGAGUGUAACCUUAGGAGAAGUUACUAGUUGUAGGAUAGUAGAUUGUUGAUUUUGUACAUGAUAUUGUGUAACUUUCAUAGGGAUCCGAAGAGAGUUAGAGUACACAAUUCUUUUGGCCUUAAAAUUCUUUUCAAAUGAUUGAGUUCUCAUUAUCUUAA